AUGAAAUUCGUUAAACCUGGCAAUGCUUCGUUCUUGGUCCCUUGGAUCGCUUUCAUUCCCUGGUACGGGAUGCUGAUAGCCAUGCUGGUGGUUUGGGCAGCACAGGGACACCCUAUAUACUGGUUCAUGCACACGGACCAAUUCCCAGUGUACAUCUCAGAUAUUGGGGCCACGAACCUCAGACCGCUCUUCAUCUCGUGUGCUGGAUGGCAGGGUAUCGGAUACGUACUGUGCAUCGUGUUGGAGUUCGCACAGAGACAUUGGUUCAAAAUGAACCCCUGGUUCACAAUACAUGAAAGAAACUUCAUCCUCGCGGCAAUUGUGCUCGCGACAAUAGGUGAAUUGGGUCUGCUAUUCUGUACCAUCUUCUCAACGGCCCUGUACCCACACGUCCACACGGCAAUGGUUUGUAUAUUUAUAGUAUUCAUGUUUCUCUCCAUCUGCUGCCUGACUGGGGAGUACUUUUCCAUGGGGAGACAUUACGCUCUCAUUCACCCAAGGCAAACCUAUGAAUCAGGGGUCGUUGAUGUGGAAAAUUUGCGGUGGUACCAGUGGGCAGGGUACAGGUGGAACAAAUUUACCAUUAGCGCCAUCAUCAAACUACUCUGGGUGAUAUGUGCCAUUAUUUGGGCCAUCUGUUUCGGUGCCAUCGAUAACAAUUCGACAAGUGCAAAAUUCGAAUGGCUUCUCGCAUUCUGGCUCGGUGUAUUCUUUAUUAUCAUGUCCGUUGAUUUCUACUUAGGGACCCGUUGGAGAAAAUCAAAGUACUGGCCAAACGUCUCCUCAGACGCAAUGUCAGGAUACUACAAAUUCGACAAGUACUUGGAGAAAAGAUACAAUGACCAAACCACUACAUCAACCAAAGUUUUAGACGAACCAACAACUUCGACAGAGACAAGUUUAGAUAACCCCCAGAAUAUGCAUUGGUACGAGGAACGUCCUCCUCCAGUAUAA